AACCCACCAAACCAGCAAAAACAAAAGCCAACAUACGUCACAUGAAGAAAACCAGCAUUAAACACAAAACAUCACAGAGUAGCAACCAAACCAAUUAUUUUUUUUCUGUCUCUAUGCUUCAACAACUAACAAGUAAGUGUUCUGUUGAUUCCAUAAUUCAACCACAUUCUCUCUCUUCCAAUCCACCAUGGAUUGCAGCAUCUCCACCGUUCUUCUCCUCUCCUUUCUCACAAUUCUCUCUUCUUCUUCUUCUUCUUCUUCUUUACCAACGAGUCAAAUCAACUCCAACUCAGUCCUAGUAGCACUUCUUGACUCACAUUACACUGAACUCGCUGAACUCAUUGAAAAAGCCAUGCUAUUACAAACACUAGAAAACACCGUCGCAAACCACAACAUCACAAUCUUCGCACCAAACAAUGAAGCUCUUGAACGUAAUCUUGACUCCGAUUUCAAACAAUUUCUUCUCGAACCGGGUAAUAUCCAUUCCCUUCAAACUCUCCUCUUGUUCCACGUCAUUCCAACCCGAAUCGAAUCCGGGUCAACCCGACAUCAACACCAACACAAAACUCUCUCCGACCACCACCUUCAUCUCGAAACAAAUAUCACCACCGGAGAAUGGACUGUCAAUCAAGCCAAAGUAACCCACCCGAAUAUUCUGACCCGACCCGAUGGUGUCAUUCACGGGAUCCAGCGUCUUCUUAUACCACGUUCAGUUGAAGACGAUUUCAACAAACGCCGUAGUCUCCGUUCAAUCACCGCCGUGAAACCGGAGGGAGCACCGGAUGUCGACAUUAGAAACCACCGAUUAAAAAAAUCUCCUCCGCCGGAAAAACCAGGUUCACCGCCGGAACUUCCGUUCUACGACGCUAUGUCACCGGGACCAUCGUUAGCUCCGGCGCCGGCACCGGGUCCAGGCGGUCCACACCACCACUUCAACGGCGAGGCACAAGUAAAGGAUUUCAUCAAAACAUUACUUCAUUACGGUGGUUACAACGAAAUGGCUGAUAUUCUCGUUAACCUAACGUCGUUAGCAACUGAAAUGAGCCGUUUAGUUUCAGAAGGUUAUGUGUUAACGGUUUUGGCUCCAAAUGAUGAAGCUAUGGCGAAGUUAACAACGGAGCAGUUAAGUGAACCGGGUUCACCUGAAGAGAUAAUGUAUUACCACAUUAUCCCUGAGUAUCAAACUGAAGAGAGUAUGUAUAAUGCUGUUAGAAGAUUUGGGAAGGUUCGGUAUGAUACAUUGCGGUUGCCACAUAAGGUGGUGGCUGAGGAGGCUGAUGGGUCUGUUAAAUUUGGAAAUGGUGAUGUUUCGGGUUAUUUGUUUGACCCGGAUAUCUAUACCGAUGGGAGGAUAUCUGUGCAGGGGAUUGAUGGGGUUUUGUUUCCGAUGGAGGAGGAGAAGGAGGAGGUUGUGGAGCAGGUUAAACCCGUUUCGAAGAUGGGUCAAACUGCUAAAGUUGUUGUCAAGCAUAGGAGAGGGAAACUGCUGGAAACAGCAUGCUGGAUGCUUGGAACAUUUAGAAACCAUUCUAGAUUCGCCUCUUGUCAAUGAAAAAGCUCACAUUGUUUUUUUGGCUAUCAAAAUUCCUUAAACCAAGAUGCACAGAUCGAUGGAAAUCUCAAAGAUCUGAAAAAGUCAAAUGUGUAGAUCUUGCUGGAGAUAUUAGCCAGCUACUAUGGGUGUGAUUUUCCCACAUUUUUGUUUUACUAUUUUUUGUUUUCCCCUUCACGAGGAUUUUCAGUCCGAGACAAGUGAGCAAAAGCUUCUCUAGUCUUAUUAUUAUACAAUCUAGUACAUAUAUGUAUUUUUAGAGAUUCAAUUACAACUACUCCAAUGUCAUAGAUGGGUUGUGUUGGUUGGAUUGAAAGGUUUUCUGAACUGUAACCAGCCAUUAAACCUUUCUGAUAGGCAUGUGCCGAUUCAAUAAGUGAUUUUGCAGAAGUGGAAAUACAAUUACAAAAUGAUUCUUUGUUGUAAUACAACAUCCCGGGUUAUGAAAUUAUUUCUUUUGUGUUGUUCA